GGCGUGAACUAAAACGGAAUCCUCGCGCACUCGAGCUACAGCCUACAAUCGUCCUGACGGAGGGAGGCGGCAGGAUCCGGCGCGAUUCCGGCGGAUGAGUGAGGUGUGAGCUUCGGAAAUGGGCCACGGGAACCUCUCGAUGAAGAAGCGCAGCCGCCAGUUCCACCUACUGGACCUCGCCUCCGCGGCCAUCUUCCUGGCGGUGGCGGUGUUCUUCCUUCUAGUGUUCACUCCCUUCGGGGACUCCGUCGCUGCUUCUGGCCGGCGCUCUCUCGCCUUAUCGGACGCGGAUGCUGGACAGCGGGAGAGGCUUGUCAAGCUGGUGUCCGCCGGGCAGCCGCUGCCGGCCUGCUCGGCUGACGUCGUCCACCGUGUGCCCUGCGAGGACCCACGUCGGGAGCGCCACUGCCCCUCUCCGGCAGAUACGCUGCUCUGCUUGGUCCCGCCGCCACGAGGCUACCGGAUCCCCGUCCGCUGGCCAGACAGCCUGUCUAAGGUAUGGCGUAGCAACAUGCCUCACUUUAAGAUUGCUGGAGCAAAGGUUUAUCAGGAGUUGGUGAAGGAAGAUGGUCCGUCUUUUGUUUUCCCUGAUGAGGGCACUUUGUUCCCAGGUGGAGCUAUGCAAUACAUUGAGAAACUUGCUCAGUACAUUCCUAUCAGUAAACAUGAGCUGAGAACAGCUCUAGAUAUGGGCUGUGGGGUCGCCAGUCUGGGAGGAUUCUUGCUUAACAAAGGAAUAUUGACUCUUUCUUUUGCACCAAGGGAUUCAGACAAAUGUCAUGUUCAGUUUGCAUUGGAACGGGGGGUACCAGCAGUUGUUGCAAUGCUUGGUAUCCGGCGGUUACCCUUCCCUGCAUAUGCAUUUGACUUGAUUCACUGCGCCCAAUGCCUUAUCCCCUUUACUGCACACAAUGGAACAUACUUUAUAGAGGCAGACCGACUGCUUCGACCUGGAGGAUAUUUUGUCAUUUCUGGUCCUGCCGUACAAGGGGAUAAUCAAGAUAAAGAUUGGACCGACCUUCAGGCUGUGGCUCAUGCAUUGUGUUAUGAGUUGAUUGUUGUGGAGGGGAACACUGUAAUCUGGAGAAAGCCCGCCUCUGAUGCAUGUCUGCCUAACCAAAAUGUAUUUGGGCUUGACUUAUGUAGUGAAUCUCAUGACCCAAGUUAUGCUUGGUACACUGAACUGGAAAAUUGUGUUAGUAGAAUGCCUAGUGCAAAUGAAGACAGUGCAAUUGGAUCUCUUCUAGAAUGGCCACUUAGAUUAAAUCGACCCCCUCCUCGAGCUGCUCUUAUGAAGAAUGGAGUUGCUGCAUUUCAAGCUGACACAAGACGUUGGGUCAGGCGGAUAACAUACUACAAGUCAUUGAUCUCAAACCUGGCAAGUCCAAGUAUCCGCAAUGUCAUGGACAUGAAUGCUUUUUUUGGGGGCUUUGCUGCUGGUCUUAUGAAAGAUCCAGUUUGGGUCAUGAAUGUUGUUCCUGCUCGCAAGCCAUCAACACUUGGUGUUAUUUAUGACAGAGGUCUUAUCGGUAUCCAUCACAAUUGGUGUGAGCCAUUUCCUACAUAUCCACGGACCUAUGAUCUUAUCCAUGUGACAAGCAUUGAUUCUUUGAUAAGGGACACCCUCACAGGCAACUACAGAUGCAAUCUGGUGGAUCUCAUGGUGGAGAUGGACAGAAUGCUACGUCCAGAAGGGACCGUUAUUAUGCGUGACUCUGCUGAUGCGAUCGAGAAGGCUGCUCAAAUUGCCCAUGGUAUUAGAUGGACUUCAAGUGUUUACGAGACUGAGCCAGAGUCUGCUGGAAGUGAAAAACUUCUAAUAGCAACCAAAGUCUUCUGGAAGCUGCCAACAGCGUCCCUGUAAUUCCCUGCCUCUUCUUGAUAAUUCAUUUAUUUUUGUUCUCCUCCGUGAUAUUAUCAUGCAACCUUUGCAAAACGUAGAACGGGAAUUGAUAUUUCCCUUAAAUCCCCAUAUAUCACAACAUGCAGCUUUAUAUGAAAAGAAAGCUUUUAGAGAAGAGAAUAUUCAUUCCAAUCUGCAAACUGGUUAGAACAAGUGAAUGUAUGUAUAAGAUUUUAUUUUUUAAAAUUAAUGGAAAAAUUAACAUUUCCAUUGCUA